AUAUUACAUACUAUGACUUAUCAAGCAGUAAGUGCAGUAUAUUGACUUGGUGGCCUAUUUCUUUCGGAUAACAAUUGAUUAAACUGGAUUUUCUCUCAAAAUUGUAUUCGUUCACAAAUAUUUUAACUUUUUACAAAUAUAAUCGUUUAUACUGUUUUUAACAAGAAAAGAUCACCACGAAUUAUAUACUUCACAUCGCAAUCAACCUACUCUACUCUUUUUCUCUCUCUCUUCCUCUCUCUCUCCCUCUCUCUCCAUAAAUAUAUAUUAAUGUAUAUAUAUUAAUACAUACGUAUAUAUAUAUAUAUAUAUAUGUUUUUAUAUAUAUAUAUAUAUUGAUGUAUAUACGUAAUAUAUACAUAUAUGUAUAUAUAAGAUAAAACAAGAUUUCGAACUAUCUUAACAAGAAAUUAUACCAUUCAUCUAUGUUAUGCUACUUUUAAAACAAUGAAUAUCGCUGCCGUUUUAAUAAUCCUUUUAUUGCCUUCUAUAGUAUUUGCGGAUGUUGAAAUUACCCAUUUGGACGAUACGAGAGGUUUGAGAAAUAUUUUGUUCUUCUUUGUCUAACUUUAUAUACUUUUAUUUCAAUAGAUAUUUUGGUGUUUUUUCUGUUAUUUUUUUAAUAUUUUUUUUUUACACGUCUUUUAAAACAAAACAAAAAAUAAGAACAUUUCAUUUUUUAGUGUAACCUUGUUUAUUUAAAAAAAAUACUUUGCACACAAAGUUAACAGCUGUGGCUAUUCUUACCAAAAACAAAACGAUAAAUUUUAAAGCAGAAACAAUAAUUCCUACUUUAAAAAGCAUUAAUAUGCAUAACUUUUUUAAAAUUGCUAAUUAGCCUUACUUUUUUCUUCUUUAAUUUUUAUUUCUUUUAAGUUGACAUAUUAAAAAUAUUCAAUUUAAAUAGGUAUACUAAGAAAUAGAUAUAUGCAUAUAUAUAUAUAUAUGUAUAUCCAUAUAUCCAAUUUCAAUACAAAAAUGGAAACAAAUGAAUGGAGUAUUGUAGAAAAUGUUGUAUUUUCUUUUCUAGUAAAGUUGCUUUCUUUUCCUUCAAGUGGUUGAUGCCAGCACGUUAGCUAUAAGUUCUCUUCUUUUAUAAAUAAGCUGCACUUGUUUAAUUCGAGUAUAAACACACCGCUGUUGCAAUAGACGUUUGUUUAUCAACCCUUUAUGAAUGGUGUAAUGUUCUUUUUAAGUUGGUUAAUUAGGGAAACUUUUUCAACUUUUUCUACUGUAUUGAAUGAAAAUAUCGUAUUGUUAUUGUACUGUCUACAUUAGUAUUUUUAAUUUAAGCUUCACCAAUUUUUUUGCUUAAGUAACCGGAAGAUGGGGAAAAUGUGUAAGACCGAAUAACGAUAAUAAUAAUAAUAAAAAAAACAUUAAAUUCUCCCAAAAAAAAGGGCGGUGUAUUUUAAAUAUAAACAAGUACUUGAAACAAAUAGGCUUAACGAAAUACGAUACAAUAAAUUCUACAAAAAAUUGCAUACGAUGAUGAUUCAAUGAAGCAUGACCGCAAAACUUAAAUCUUGUCUAAUAAGCAGAAAAUUAUUCAGUUUAACUACUGUAUAGAGUUAUAAUAUUUCUUAUUUAGUAGGACAAAAUCAGUUGAAGUUUAAUUAAAUUUCAUCAAUAAUGUAAUCCGUUUGACCUUUAUUUCUAAAUCAUAUUAUUAGAUUGUCCUAUUAGGUUAAAAGUUAGCAAAAAAAACCUAUAUAUCUCAAGAUUAAUAGAUAUUGUUAAAGAAUUCUAAAAAUGUAGGGGAUAACAUACAAAUUCACUCGAUAACUGAGUACGAAAUAGUUUGAAAAUAUUUUGUAUAAAUACAUUUUACAGGCACAAACAUAUGGAAAAUAUGUAUUAAAAAAAUACGAUACUCUGGAAGGUCGUUAAAUAUUAAAAUGAACUUGACUUUUCCUUAUAAUUAAAAGGGAGAUAGAAGAACUGCUGUAACGUAUUUUUUGUGAUGCAAACUAUUAUUAGAAAAUUUAUCAUUUUUAAUUACUUUUAAACAAUAUUUGAGCAUCUUUUAAGACUUUAUCUAAUACUACAAUUGUACGAAUUAUCUUCAUCUCUUUAUAUAAUAAAAACUUUUAGGCUUAAUAGAAAAGGAGAACACACUCUCUGCACAUGUUUUAUCUUUUUUCUUUGCUUUAUCCACAUUGGUUUACAUGCCAAUUUUCUCGGCUCUGACUGAAGAAAGGAUAUGUUUCUUAUAUAGAUAAAAAAAGAAAGGGAAUUGCAUAGAUAGAGAAAGAAAGAAUGACUGUAAAAGUAGAUGUUCGUUAUUUUUUUGCUUGUUAUAGCUAUAAAUCUUACCAAUUACGUUGGGCUUAAAGCAACAGCGUACUGUGAGCUAAUUUUUACAGUAAGUUUAUUUAGUCACGUAUGAUAUAGCUAGGUUAGAGUUUGAUAUAUAACAUAUUCUAUAUUAUAUAUCUAUCUAUUUGAUAUUGGGUAUAAUUGUACAUGUAUUAAUCACAAACUAGAUGGCAUAAUAAAUAAUAGUCGCCACAGGAAACAAUUAUAAUGGAAUAGUGGUAAUAGUUAUCGUUUUAUUAGUACUAUAAAAAUUCUACAUGUACAUUUAUAAAUUUCCUUUUUCAUAAUAACUUGUAUUUUUCUUGUAAAUAAAUAGAAACUUGUUUUUUAAAUACAGUUAUGGCAUAUUAAUUAUUAUUUAUCUGGUUAUAUAAUACAGUAUAAAUACGUAAAAAUUAUACUUUGCUAAGGGUAAAAUACUGUAAUGUAAUAUUGGAAUGGAGGCAAGAUAUUUCUAUCUUUCUUGCGCAUUUAUUGUAUAUAAUUCGUGUUUAAGAAUUUUGUAAGAUUAAAUAUCAAUGGGUAACGUAUGUAGAAUAUAUAUAUAUAUAUAUAUAUAUAUAUAUAGUAUAUUUAUGUAUAUAUAUGCACUUUCAUGCACUCAUUCUACACAAUUUAUCUAUAUUUAUAAAUAGUGUAUAUGUAGGCGGUGAUAAAAUGUAGACAAACUAAAACGUUUUACCUAAAAGACGUCUAAAUAGUUAUAAAUAAUAGAGCAACAAAUCAUAAAAUUUGGACUAUAUGAAAUGGAAUGUUUCAUGGUACUUAUAAAAAAUAAAAAUUACUAAUUUAUUAUUAAUUAGAAACUUAUUCUAUUUUUAGAAAUAAGCUAACAAUUCCUUUUUAACAAUACUGUAAUAAUAAUAGAAAAAAUUUUAUGUCUAUACUAUAAGUCAAAUUUAUAUAAAAACUAUCUAAUUAAAUAUAUAAUACCUAUCAUAAAAGUUUAUAGAACAUACUAUAUAACCUUUAUGAAUGAACGAAAAGUUGAAGAGUUUCGAAUAAUUGUUUAAAGAUUCAAGAGAGUAAUUCUUUACAAUAAGAUAGUGUAGGUGUACUGAGUAUGCGUAUUAUUACUCAUUAAACGCAGAUAGAUAUAUGAUUAAUUUUUUAUUAUUUAUCCUUUAACUAUAAAUAGUUAAAUGACUGUAAAAAAAAGUUGUAAUUUCCCCCUGUUUUUAUAAAGUUCAUUUGUUUCCUAUUUCAUUCCAUUUUUAGGUUGAUACUUUUUUGUUUACAGGAAUUAAUUGCAGCUUAUCAUAUCCUAUCAUUCAGUAGAGACAGUUUCCCAAUUCCUAUAUCAAUAUAAUUUCUAGUUGUAAAUGUUUUGUAAACAAGAGCAAAAUGGCUAAUGUUAAUAUAAAAAAAAGAAAUAUUUCGCAAGAAAUUGUCAUCUAAAAUAUAAUUGAAAUAUGAAACCAUAUUUGAACCAUUCUUCCCGUUCAAUCAUUUAUUAUAUUCACUAUUUUUUUUCCAUCUUCUACUUCUUAAUAGUUUGUCAGAUUUAAUAAAAAGGGAAGGGAAUCUAUAAAAAUAGAUGUAUACAUUUUUAUGGCUAAUUUUUCUUUUAUCAAAUAUUCUAUCUAUCUAUGGUUGUUUUUAUUUAUUAAUUUUUAUUUAAAUUAUAUAAGAAAACAAUAUAAAAUUAAAAUUUUUUAUUAUAUCUUCUUCAUUUUUUUCCCUCCUCCCUGAUACAGUCUGCAAAGGGACAGCUGAUGGUCUAUCUACAAGCGAUAAAUUUUCAACAUUAAAACAAUAUUAUGGCAAUGGUAAAAAUUGCGUUAUUAUUGAUGGCAAUUUGGAGAUAUCAGGAUUAAAGGAAGAAGAUAAUCCAGAUUUUUCAAUGUUUGAUUCUAUACAAGAAAUAACUGGAUAUCUUUUAAUUUUUCAACUGCAAUUACCGAAAACAAAUGUUAUUUUCAAAAAUUUACGAAUUAUUCGAGGUGCUAUUAGAUAUCCAUUACGUAACCAAAUAUCCAGUUCAGGUCAAAAGCCUGAAGAAUAUUCACUUGUUAUAAUUUCAUCUCUGAUGAAAAAUUUGAUACUUCCUAAACUAACAGAAAUACAAUCUGGCAACAUUCAGUACGUCAACAAUUAUUUGUAUGAAGUUUGCUUUAUAGAAAAAAUCAGUUGGAAUGAUAUAUUCAAUGAAGCAAGUCAGAAAUAUGUUAAAAAUGGUUUUAAUUCUUGCGUUAAACGCGAAUGUCAUCGUGAAUGUCCUAGUAAUCAUUGCUGGGGUCCUGAAAAAACUCAUUGUCAAGAGUUAACAAAAACCAUCUGUCCGCGAAGUUGCGCAACACUUCGAUGUAAUUCGAACAAGGAAUGCUGUCAUGCAUCUUGUGCUGCUGGCUGCCAUACUUCUAAAAAUACGGAUUGCUAUGCAUGUAAAAAUUUUCGAAACGGUGAAUCUUGCGUUUCUACUUGUCCCAGUCUAUGGAAAAUUAAUCAAUAUACCAAUGAACGUGAGAAAAAUCCAGAUGGAAAGUAUUUUGCGGGGUAUUACUGCUUAGAUAAAUGUCCAAAUUAUCUCUUUCAUUCACAAUUUGACAAUUCUUGCGCCCGAACUUGCCCUAAGCGUACACAUCAGAAAGAUGGAACUAACUUUUGCGAAAUAUGCGAUGGACCUUGCCCUAAAAAGUGUCAUAUCAAGAAACCCCACAACCGGAGUUUUAAUACACUCGAUGAUUUCAAAGAUUUCAAAGACUGUACAAUUCUCAGCGGUGAUCUACACUUUCUGGAAUCGAGUUUUAAACCUAGUGCUGGAUUAAUACCUUUCAAAGAGGAAGACUUUAAAAUAUUUGAAACUAUUAAAGAACUAGAAGGAUAUAUAAUGGUUUUUGAAACACCAUUGAAAAAUUUCGAUCAUUUUAAAAAUCUCGAAGUUAUUAGGCGUGGAAUUGAUGUUAUUAGAAAUAAGAAUUUGAAAACAAUAGAUUUACCGAAAUUGAAAAAAGCUUUUCAUCGAUUUUCUUUUACAAAUAAUAAGAAAUUAAACUAUCUUGGUUUGAAAAAUAUUCAAACUGUUGAUUGUAAUAUCACUAUAGCAAAUAAUCCUAAUUUAUGCUACAUUGAACAAUCUCUAAAAUACUUUGAUACUGUUAGACUCGAUAGAUACAAAACUAAUAUCCAAAACAAUGCAAAAAAAUCCUAUUGCGAAUCUAAAAAUGCCGUAUGUGAUUUCGAAUGUCAUCCUACUUACGGUUGUAUUGGUCCUGGACCGGAGAAUUGUGUAGGAAGUUGUAGAAAUUACAAAUUCAAGGACAAAUGUAUCUCAUCGUGUUCCAUAGCCGUCACUAAAAUUCCAACGUAUACAAAUAAUACUGCUCAAGAGUGUAGACAGUGCCACGAAGGCUGCAAAGAUGGGUGCUCAGGACCAGAAGAUACAGAGUGUGAUUCUUGUAUACUAACCCUAAAAGUUUUUGGAUUGUCAAAAUGCGUUAAAAAGUGUCCGACAAAUAUGUAUCCCGAUAACAACAGUGAAUGUCAGCCUUGUUACGAGUAUUGUACAGAUGGCUGUACUGGACCGGGAAAAGAUAUUGGAAUGGGUGCAUGUAAUAGCUGUAAAAUGGCAAUUUUAACCAAGAAAUUUGCUGUUGAUAAAUGUGUACCGGAAAAUUAUAAAUGUCCAGUUGGAUAUUUUAAAGAUAAAGUUUCAGUGUCUAUAAAAAUACAACACGAUCAUCCAAUGCUGGGCAAACAUAGUUGCUUUCAUUGUCAUCCUACGUGCCUCACUUGCAGCGCAAAGGGACCAGGUUUCUGCCUUGAUUGCAAGCAUUUCAGACAAGGGUCACAAUGCGUUUGGGAAUGUGAUGACGAUUACUUUCUACAGGAUAGAUUGUGUUCUAAAUGCGACACUACAUGUAUCGGUUGUAAAGGAUCAACGUCUGCUGAUUGCAAAGAAUGUAAAAAUUAUAAAAAGAGAGUCGAUGAUAAUAACGAAAAAUUUGAAUGCGUUACUGAUUGUCCGAAAGGAUGGAGUCACGUUAAAGAUGAGACUGGAGGGCCGAUUAAAUCAAAAUGGUUAUGUCUGCCUGAUACUGAAAUUGAAGAAAUUCAAAAUGAUAAAAGGAGGAAAAAAACCAUUGGAAUAGCAGCAGGAGUCACUGUUGCAUUUUUAUUAUUAAUUAUUGUUGCUAUUGGUAUUUUCAUUUGGAGGAAAAAAGUUCAGACUGAGGCUAGAAGACUGGAAUUUGAAAAGAAAUUGGAAGGGGAAACUAUACCGCUAGAUCCUACAGGAGCUAAUCCAGACAUGGCUCACGUUCGAUUAAUUAAAGAUAGCGAAUUAAAGAAAGGUGUAGUAAUUGGUAGUGGAGCGUUUGGAACAGUAUUUAAAGGUUUAUGGACACCGGCUGGUGAGAAUCUGAAAAUUCUGGUUGCAAUUAAAGUAUUGACGGACAGCUCGCCUGAACAGAGCACUGAACUUUUGGAAGAGGCUAGAAUUAUGGCUUCUGUUGAUAAUCAAUGCUGUGUAAAAAUUUUAGGAAUUUGUAUAGCAUCGCAGAUGAUGAUGAUUACAAAACUUAUGCCAUAUGGAAGUUUACUGGAUUAUAUUAGAAGAAGUAAAGAAAAUAUUGGAUCAAAGGCAAUACUUAAUUGGUGUCAUCAAAUAGCUACGGGAAUGCAAUAUCUUGAGGGAAGAGGUAUUGUUCAUAGAGACCUGGCUGCAAGAAAUGUAUUAGUUCAUUCACCAAACUUAGUGAAGAUUACUGAUUUUGGUUUAGCAAAAUUACUAAAUAUAAAUGAAGAAGAGUACAAAGCUGGUGGUGGAAAGAUGCCAAUUAAAUGGUUAGCUUUAGAAUGUAUCCAACAUAGAAUAUUUACGCACAAGAGUGACGUAUGGAGUUACGGUGUCACCAUAUGGGAAAUAUGUACUUAUGGUCAACGACCUUACGAAGGUAUGCCAGCAAGGAGUGUACCGUUUGCCUUGGAAAGAGGAGACAGACUACCACAGCCUGAAAUUUGUACUAUCGACGUUUACAUGUGGAUGAUAAAAUGUUGGUUGCUGGAUGCAGAUAGUAGACCUAGUUUUAAAGAACUUCGUGAAAUAUUCAACAAGAUGUGCGUCGAUCCAGGAAGAUAUCUUGUGAUAAAGGGAGACAGUCUUAUGAAAUUACCAUUAGAGGAACAUAGUACAGUUGAACUAAUGAGGGGGAUGAGUGUUAAUUCAACGACAGCCACAAAACUAAUUGAUGCUGAUGACUAUCUUCAACCACGAGACGUAACGGAAACAUCGAGAAUGACUAUUGAUUCUACAUUUAUGGGUGACAAUCAUGCCAGAAAUUCAAUGAACGACUCUUGUUCAAAACCAUUAGGCAAUUCACUUGAAGACAAGAAACUCUCAGCUAGACAAAGCCGUUCUAGUAUGAGAUAUAGGUAAGUUAUUUAUUAAAUUUUUAUAAGUAGAAAUGAAUAAUAUGUUAAGUAAAAAUGAUAAAUUCAAUAUAUAAACUUGGCUUUUCAAAAUACCAAAAAAAAAGAUUAAAACACACAAUGAAAGACAGGAUGAACGGUAUAAAUGGUUUUGCCUGUUGCAAUUCAAAUAAAGGAUCUUUUUGGUAAUUGUAGAAACAUAGUAAAAUUGAUGGCAGAUUUGUAAAACUAGGCCAUCAGAUAAAAUACUUCAACUGUAUAGAUUUAUAUUUAUCUAUUAAUACGCCAUCUACCGCUUAAAAUCAUAACUUUAUAAUUAAUCAAUUUUUCAAUAUGCAAGAAAAAUGAAAUAUUCAAGAGUAGUAAAUUUUGACAUUUAAGUGAAUAUUGUAUAUUUCAAGCGGUUCUUUUGCGUUAUUGAUAGAAUAUAAAGCAUGUUAUUAUUGUUAGUUGAAGUAGAUUUAAUAUUUUCAAAAUACUGUAUAUGGUCAAGUUAGACACAUUACAUUCCUUUCGCUGUACACAAUACUUUUGAUUAAAGAUCUCUUUUAUUCAUUUGUUCAAAAAAUCAAAAUAAUUCCCCGCCCUAGGUUGCUAAGCAGUUCAGUUCUUAUAUGUUUACUCUUAGAUGUUUCACCUUUUUAGCUCCCCCUCGCUCCCCUUUUCAUUGUUAGAGUUUUCAGACGCAUGCAAGAGCAAAAUAUUUAUUGACUGUACAGCCAAUUUCCAAGAAAUAGAAUAUUUAUAAUUCUAAAAUGUUCUAUUAUAUUAUACUCUAUACAAGAUAUUUUAUUUUUUUCUUCUUUCUCUUUUUCUCUCUCUCUCUAAACACAGUCAAUCAUACAUAGAUAAUUGUAUAUUUCCCC